AUGACAGACAAGAUCGACAAGCCUCCGACAGACCACGAUGGUCAGGAUCUUAAUAACGGGCAUUUCCAGGACCUGGAAAAGCCUGGUCAGCAACAAGACCUGUUCACCUCCGAAGACGCCGACGUCAACUUCCGCAGCGUCUCCUGGCAGGGCGCCGCCAUCCUCAUUGUGAAAUUCCAAAUUGGGCUCGGAGUGCUAAGUGUUCCAGACACCUUACACACGCUUGGCUUCUUCCCAGGCCUACUGUGCUUCAUCAUUAUCUCCCUGAUGACAACAGUCGCCGGGUACGUCUGCGGCAACGCCAGGCAAUACUAUCCACACAUGCACAACAUCGGUGACGCAGCAGACCUUCUCUUUGGCACCUGGGCAAACCAAUUCGUCGGUCUGGCGUAUUAUAUCUAUCUAGCUCUCGUCUCUGGGGCCGGGAUGCUCACUACCUCCGUUGCACUCAACGCCCUCUCCGACCACGGCGCCUGCACGAUGGUCUUCGUCGGUGUAACCUGCGCUGCGGCAUUCAUUCUAGGAACUGGGUUCCGGUCGCUGGAGAGAGUCUCCUGGCUUAGCUGGAUUGGAGUGGCAGGCAUUAUAAUUGCAAUCUGGGUCGUGGCUAUCGCUUGUCUCGCCCAGGGUCGACCAGCCGCUGCACCAGCAGGUCCAGAUCCCAUUGAUAAGAAUAUCCGUGCAUUCCCAGAUACAACAUUCCCCGAAGCCAUGUCGGCUAUAGCGAACCAGCUCUUUGCUGUUGGAGCAUCGGGGACAUUCUUCUCUGUCUCGGCGGAGAUGGAGCGGCCGGAGCUGUUCACUCGGUGUUUGGCUUUGGGACAGGGCUUUAUUGUUGCAACGGUUAUCGCCAUCUCCUCCAUCGUAUACGGCAAAGUAGGGCAGUAUCUCGCCAGCCCAGCACUAGGGUCUGCAGGGCCUCUGAUCAAGAAGAUCUCGUACGGAAUCGCGCUCCCUGGGCUCAUCGUGACGGCCGUCGUGUACAGCCAUAUCGCCGCCAAAUACUGCUUCGUGAGAUUACUUCGAGGCACGCCGCACUUGCAAUCAAAUACGCCUACGCACUGGACUGUCUGGGCUGGGUCGAUGGCUGUAACGGCGGUAUUCGGGUUCGUGAUUGUCGGCGUUGUGCCUUUCUUCGAUAACUUCCUCAGUCUGGUUGGGGCGCUGGUGAACCCCAUCUUCACGAAUAUCGUCCCCGGGUUUAUGAUUCUUUUCUUUCUGGCCAAGAGACCAGAGAGAGGGGUUGGUGUUUAUGAUGGUGCCUCUACGUCGGCGCCGGACUGGAUGUUGAGAGCGUUCGGGGCGUAUAGGAAUGGGUGGAAGGAAGCUGUGGCACUGGGGGUGGCCUGCUUCAUGAUUCUUGCUGGAGGGCUUAUUAUUGUAGGAGGCACAUAUGCAACUGUGAUCACUAUCCAGAUGUCGUAUGCCAGUGGAGAGGUGUCGGGGGUAUUCUCGUGCGCGGACAACAGCUCUUAG